AUGGGUUGGUUUUCAGGUCACGUGGUUCCCCGUCCCCCUCUCACUUGAAGCUUUCACUCGACGCUUUCGACUAACACAAACAAGCCGACAACAGCAUAGCUAUUGUGAAGUGUGGUAAAGAAUCUUGUCAGAAUGUUCACUCUCACACUCAAGGCCGAGCUCGAGGGCGUCACCAACCUACGCCCCGAUGACUCCGAAGACAACCCUUUUUGGUACAUGUUCAAGGUCCAGUGUACCUCCUGUAGAGAGACGCACAACAACUACAUUGGUGUCAACCGCUUCGAAAUGAAUGAGAUGAGCGGAAGCCGUGGCGAGGCCAACUUUGUCUGGCGAUGCAAGAACUGCAAGCGCGAGUCGACCGCAUCGAUCAAGGAGGCACCCAAAGCGUAUGAGCAGAGUGAGCCCCCCAAGGCCCAGAAGAUCAUUGAAUUUGACUGUCGGGGUCUCGAAUUCGUCGAAUUCAAGCCAGAGGGCGACUGGCUCGCCGAGGGCAUCGACUCGUCGACCAAGUUCACCGGGAUCGACUUGACUGAGGGAGAGUGGUUCGACUAUGACGAGAAGGCUGGUGAAGAGGUCAGCAUCAAGGAGCUUACCUGGGAGAUCAAGCGUUCUUGAGAAGUUCAUAAUUUUCUUAACGAUGAAGGCAAUGGAAGAGAGAGAUUGAGCCAGAGAGACGACCGUGAUGCUUGUACUUUAAUUACAGGGUAGCAUGCUGCGAACCUUGUUGAUCGUGUCUGUGCAAGGCGCGGACCCACUCAAAUUUAUCUCAUGGCAUCGAAGCCUUGCCUUCAUUCACACUUCAACCUCCACGAUUCGCACGAGCUGUUGUCGCAGUGCACACGCCAUGGCGACGGAAUUCAAGCCCACACUGGAUUUCCUAACAGAUGCGGCACAUCUUCUGAGAACAGCUGCACCCGAGACCUCAGCACACCUCAUGAGCCAUCGCGGUCAGCUCAUGGGUCAACACGAUCUAGCUCCUUCAGAGGUUCAGCGGCAACACGUCUGCAACGCAUGCGGCAACAUCAUGCUGUCGGCUCAUAA